AUGCGAGUGCUUAUCGCAGUACGCUGGAGUGGGUCCUGUAUAGUCUCUGAGUGGGUCGCUACAGCGCUGUGUGCUUUCUCAAACAGAAACGGAAGGAUUGACGGUUACAAGCGACGUUUGUGUAUUAUCCCGGAUAAUAUCGCGCUAAUCAUGCCCGGACAGGCGUCGGUGACGGUGGCCAUCGCCCCGCAGAAGUCGUCCGCUUUUGUUCUGAAGAAGAUCAUGAAUAUUCCUCCUCCAAACAUACUGGAGGAUCAAGACGACGACAUCGAGAAGGAGAAACAGGGUUCGACCUGCGAUGGGACGUCCGGUGGCGGCGGUGGUUCGGGGGGCACGGGGAGCGUCUCAGCCUCUCUCACCCCCACCAUCUGGGACAAAACCAUCCCGUAUGACGGCGAGACCUUCCACCUGGAGUACAUGGACCUGGACGAGUUCCUGCUGGAGAACGAGAUUCCCGUCACACUGGAGGAGGAGCUGAGCAGGUGUCCGCGAGCCGGAGACACUCAGGGUGUAUCUGCACCCUCCGACGAGCCGGCGACCGUCCCGCAGAUGCCUGAGCGGGAACACAAGGACGACGAAGAGUCUGAGGACGACUCGCUCACUGUGAACACUGAAACGAACGCAGAAGUCAAAGCUGCCCCCGACCGUGUGACGCCCCCUCCGAUCGACCCAGAGGAGAUCGAGGUGAGCGUGGCCUUCCAGCCGGACCCCACGGAUCUGGUGCUGUCCAGCGUUCCCGGAGGAGAGCUCUUCAAUCCACGGAAACAUCGCUUCUCUGUGGACGAGCUCAAACCACAGCCCAUGAUCAAGAAAGCCAAGAAAGUGUUUGUUCCUGCCGAGGCCAAGGAUGAAAAGUACUGGUCGCGGAGGAAGAAGAACAACAUGGCGGCGAAGCGCUCGCGUGACGCCCGGCGUCUGAAGGAGAACCAGAUCGCCGUCCGCGCCUCCUUCCUGGAGCGGGAAAACGCCGCGCUGAGACAGGAAGUGGCCGAGCUGCGCAAAGACUGCGGCCGCUGCAAGAAGAUCAUGUUGCUGUACGAGGCCAAAUACGGCUUGCUGUGAGGGACACGCUUCACCCCGACACGCAUCAGUCUCCCUUAUAAUUCACACCGCAGUUACACAGCCGGGGAUUGUGGGUAAUGCGGCGCCGCGCGGGAGGUGGACGAGAACGACACGAGCGUGUGUUUUUAACAGACGUUUGAAGGAGGUAGAAGACACAUGAUAACACAACAUAACCUUUGACCUCCUCAUACCUCAUUCCGCCCUCUCAUUCGGUAUGAAGACGAAAUAAUGUGUCUGUGUCUGUGUACAAGAGGUUUUUCGCAGAAAACAAGCGCAUGACCCUCGAUAUGAAGCAAUUAUAUACUUUAUUCCAUGAAAGCGAGUGCAGAUGAAGAGCAAGUGCGAAUGGGCCGGUCGCGGUCUGUGAAGGUGAAGUCUGUAAAUAUACACUUGUAUCCGUCUGCUAGUGUUGCCGUUCUUCCAGAAUGACCUAAUCAUGUAGAGUCGACACUUCUAUCAUGCAGAUUAACUCUAUAGCGAUUCAAUCGCAUCUUACAACAAUUAAGCGGGCGAUUAUUGUAAAGCGAGCGUCUGUGCAUGGGUUUAACUAUGAGUUUGUGUUCAGGGUUUAAUCCACGGCAAUAAUGUGCGAUUCAUCUUUACCUCAGAUUAGAUGUUUCUGAUGAGUGUCUUUUAUUUAUUUAUUUAUUAAAAAAAAAAACAUUUUAGUCGGGCAGCUCAGCAUCAGUUGAAACACAACUGUAACAUUUAGUUUUUUUACAUUCUUCUUUCAAAGUUUUUUUAUUUAUAUUUACAUUUUAAAUCACAUCCAACAAUCCCCCAACCCUCACCAUCAAAUAUAUAGAGUAGUGUCAAUACUGUCCAUCACUUCAGAUAGGAAUUGUAAGUAGAAGGACCGAGCAGUUAUAUAUACAUGCCAACAUACAUCAACCUCCAAUCAUAUAUAAAAAGAGAUACAUGCACAUAUACUCGCAUGAAGGAAAAAAAAGAAAAGAAAACGGGAAUGAUAAUAAAUGAAAUACAUUACAAAAAGAAAAGGAGAAAGAAGAAAAAAUCAGCCAAUGACGGCAUUAUUUAAACAUGAUUUAUCAACAUAGUCAAUAAAAGGGUUCCAAAUCUUAAAUAAUUGUUUUUCCGACCCUUUUAGUGAAUACCUAAUUUUUUCAAGGCAGAGACAAGACAUCACAUCUCUGAUCCGUUGAGAAUGGCUGGGUGGGAAGGGAUCUUUCCACUUUAAUAGUAUUGCUCUACGUGCCACCAAGGAGGCGAAAGCAAGGACUUCACACACAGAGGCUGACAGCCAUGACUCCUGGAGCUGCUUCAAAUAAUGCCACCAGAGGUUCUGGCUCUAAACUGAGCUUAAGAACCUCUGAAACGGUGUGAAAUAUUGAUCGCCAGAAAUGCUCUAAUUUGGGGCAUGUCCAGAACAUGUGAAUUAGUGAUCCCUCAUCACAUUUACAUCCAUUGCAUAUGGGACUAGUACCAGGAAACAUUUGAGCUAGUUUAACUUUGGAUAUAUGUGCCCUAUGUACUACUUUGAACUGUAUAAGUGAAUGCCGAGCACACAUUGAAGAUGUAUGAACCUGCUUAAGAAUACAGUUCCAUGUGUCAUCAGAAAGUGGUCUGUCAAGGUCUUCCUCCCAAGCUCUCUUAAUGUUAUUAAGAGAGGAAGAUACCAGAUUAGUCAUUAGAUUAUCAAUAAUGGAAAUUUAACCCUUGGCUAAUGUUGCAUGAAAAGAAAUUAUCCAAAGGAUUUUCAGAAGGCAUCACUGAUACAAGUGACUCUAAAGAAAUCUGACUUAGUAAGACCAAAACAUAAUGUUAACUGCUCAAAAGAAGCGAAUAAAUUAUCAAUAAAUAAAUCUUUGAAACGUCUCAUCCCCUUGUCGACCAACUCUUAAAUGAUCCGUCCUGCAUUGAAGCCAAAAAAAAAGUGAUUGUGGGCAACAGGGCUAAGGAGAGAAGGAUCCUGAAAACCAAAUGAUUUCCUGAAUUGGGUCCAAAUCCUCAACGAGUGUUUCACCACUAGACAAUCCACUGGAGUGUAAGAGAUUAAUUGUAAUGUAGUUGCAAGAAGUGUUCGGAGGGAAAUUUGCUUGUGAGCAUUUAUUUCCAUGUCCACCCAGGAUGGUCUAUUGGGAAAAUGUGAUAAUGCCACCAAUACACUAUAUUUCGUAUGUUAGCUGCCCAGUAUUAAAACUUAAAGUUUGGUAAGGACAUACCGCCAUUGCAUCUAGACCUCUGAAGGAAUGAUUUACACAGGUGCUUACCGUUCCAAAUAAAUGAAGAAAUAACAGAGUCCAAAGACUUAAAAAAUGAAAGCGGAAUAAAUAAAGGUAAACACUGAAAAAGAUAAAGAAAUUUAGGGAGCACCACCAUCUCUAUGGAAUUAAUGCGCCCAAUGAGAGAGGUCUUUAAAGGGGACCAUUUAGAAAGAUCUUUCUUAAUUCUUUCAAGAAGUAAGCCAAAAUUAUGUUUAAAAAGAUGCUUAUGAUGGCGAGUGAUACAAACCCCAAGAUAACAGAACUUAUUUUCGACUAGUUUCAAUGGUAUGUUAGAGUACUGUAAUUGCGCAUCUACCUUGUUAAUACGAAAAAAUUGUACCCAGAGAACCGGCCAAAAUUCUUGAGCAAAGAUAGUCCAGCAAUCUGCCGACUCUCGCGUAGAGCGAUCGCUAAAGGCUCGAUAGCUAGAGCAAACAGCAAUGGGCUUAGCGGACAGCCCUGUCGAGUUUUAUUAGUUAAACGGCCUAGAGUGUAGACUACUGCAGAGGGAGAAUUAUACAGUAAUUUAAUCCAAGAGAGAAAGACUGGGCCAAAUCCAAAUUGUUCCAAAGCUAAAAAGAGGUACUCCCACUCCACCCUGCCAAACGCCUUCUCGGCAUCCAAAGAAACAACACAUUCUGGAAUGGCCUGAUGCUGAGAAUAUACCACAUUAAGUAAGAGGCGGAUAUUAAAAAAAAAUGAUUGACGAUUCUUUAUAAACCCUGUUUGAUCAGGGGAGAUGAUGGUGGGGAGGACUUCUUCCAGUCUUGAGGCAAGUACCUUCGCUAAAAUUUUAACAUCACAGUUGAGCAAAGAAAUCGGCCUAUAAGACGCACAAUCCAAAGGAUCUUUAUCCUUUUUAAGUAAUAAAGAGAUGUAUGCUUGAUUUAAAGUUGGGGGAAGAGUCCCAGACUUAAAAGACUUAGAAAAAAACAGAUGUCAAUAAUGGAGCAAGCUGAACAGAAUUUUUUUUAUUGAACUCUGACGGAAAACCAUCAGGUCCUGGGGAUUUACCAGAUUGUAGGGAAGAGAUCGCAGAUGCCACUUCCUCCUGAAAAAUCGGCGCUUCUAAGCAGUUGCGAACAUCAGAGGAUAAAGUGGGGACAUUUAGUUGGCUGAAAAAACUCUUCAAUGUCCCCCCACGGAGAGGAAUUAGACGUGUACAAAGAAGAAUAAACUUAUAGUUAAUAGUACUUUGAUCAGUUGUGACCUUCCCAUUAUCUAGAACAAGACCACUUAUAAUUUGUUUGGCCCAUGCAGCUGAUCGGCUAAUACUUUCCCAGAUUUAUCCCCACUUUCAUAAAAAAACACUCCUAGUUCUCCUCAAAAGACCCUCUAUCUCAUUGGUUGACAGUAAGUCAAGCUCUGACUUCAGUUUAAGAGACCUAGCAUAUUGUUCAUCCAGCCUAGAAAUCUCAUCAGCCAGAGAAUUUUGUUUUUCUUUAGAGAGCCUUCUUUUAUUAGCAGCAAAAGAAAUUAUUUGGCCUCUUAUAUAUGCUUUGAGGGCCUCCCACACGAUUGAAUCUAGAACUUCCAACAAUUUAUUGACACGAAAUUUGGUCAGCAGUAAAGGAAACAAAAUGCUCAUCUGCCAAGAGGGAAGUAUUAACGCCUCCUGGGUAAGGCAAGUUCAGAAAGGUCAUGUCAAGAAUAAGAGGAGCAUGGUCCGAUAUAAUAAUACUUUGAUAUGCACAAGACCGAACUCUAGGAAUUAAACUGUUGUCCAGAACAAAAUAAUCAAUCCGAGAGUAAGAGUGGUGGACGUUUGAGAAAAAGGAAUAUUCUCUCUUUUUGGGGUUCAGAAGGCGUGUUUUUUACAUUCUUAUCAAUGACAGAUUCAUUAUUGCAUUUUUAAUGAAUUAUUAGAAUAAUAAUGCAUUUUUAGAUAAAUUGUUGCAUUGGUAAAACCAUUGUGGCGUGAGUGUGCUUUAUUCCAGUCGAUGAGAUUAACGAUAGCAGUUCUAGCAUCACUAGAGUCUCACGUUUAUCGCCGGUUUUCCUGACGUUUACUGUAUUUAAAAAUGCAGAAGAAAUAAUGUGCUUCCAGUGUUUAUGGAUUUUGAUAGAUUGCACAUAUCAUGGUUUGUUUUCAAUGCUCAAAAAAAUUCAUGAACACCACAAAGUGUGCUUACAAUUUUAGUUUAUGUAUUUUUAACAGUUUUUUUUUUUUUUACAAUUACUAUAUAUGACAACAAAAUAACCAUCUUAUAUCAAAACAUUUCACAGUUGUAAUAUAUAAUAGUUAUAAUAGUUUUAAUAUAUAUAUUGCAUUAAAUAAAUUAAUGUCGUAAGUCAUCAAGAUGUGUUUUUUUACAACGGGUUUGAAGCAAAUCAAUUGUAUAUUGUCUAGUAGUUAGUGCAUGCUGUUGUCAUGGUGAUGCUGUGCAGUGGGCGUGUCCUUCUCUUCCAUAUAUGGAGAUAAAAACUCUCUAUCUGUCACAUUCUUUGAUAGUUUCGCUGUUUUAAACUCUUUUUACUCCUGUUUGAUUUCUUUCUAUAAACCAAACACACAAACCUUCCCUGUCAAUCAGUGUUUGAAAUGUACAAAAUUACGUUUGUUUGUGUUUGUUUUUAUAGGUCAGAUUUUUUUAUUUAAACUGAAUAGUGAAUUUAGUUUUUGUUAUAAUAUGUUAUAUGAAAGAUGUCGAGUUCUGCGUUAGACUCUGUGAAACUCAAAUGUAGCAUUUUGACUUGGUUUUGUCUUUAAUAAAACACGUCACUUUUAAUAUAAAGACGUUUUGAAA